AUGAUCACUGGAACCUCUCCCCUCGCACCGUACCACGCUUGGUGCCGCUCGACUCCUCUCCACUUGGCUGUGAUCACGAACCAGGCCAGCGUGUGCGAGCGUCUCCUGGUGGCGGGCUGCGACCCCACGCUCGUGGACUGCAACGGAGACACGCCCCUUCACAUCGCCUGUCGUCACGGAAACCUGCCCUGCUUCAGCGUCAUCACUCAGAACUGCCUCCCCAACCGCCUCAGCGCCGCGAUGGCCGCCUACAACUACCACGGUCAAAACUGUCUCCACUUGGCUUCGGUUCAAGGCUUUCUUUCGCUCGUGGAAAACCUUGUGGAUUUAGGAGCAGACAUUGAUGCCAAGGAGCAGAGAAGCGGCCGAGGGGCUCUGCAUCUCGCCGUAGACCAUCAGAAUCUGUCGCUGGUGCAGAUGCUGCUUCGAAAAGGCGCCGACCCCAAUCUCCUCACGUCUGCCGGCCACACGCCAUUCCACCUCACGUACGGCCGCGACAACGAGCCAAUCAGGCAAGAGCUGUUCCCGCUGACCAGACCUGGGCUCCGAGAUCUACCGGACAGCGAGGAUGACGAGAGCGAAGUGGAAGAAGAUGACGAAGACGAAGAGGUGGGCUACGAUGAUAUACAGUGGAAUGGACAUUGA